AUGGUGAGCCAGAGCUGCCAGAAAUAUCUGACAUAUCUGAACCUCUCGGAUUGAGCUUGUCGAUGCCGCUUUUCCCUUUGCCGGCAGUCGUCGUCUACGCAAGUACCUCCUCAAGUCGAUGCGACCCUAUCCCGCCUCACAGCCAACAAGAGUAAGGUCCGCCCGGUCUCCAUAAGAUAGGGAUCGCUCAACUCACCUUCGUGGCUUCCCUGCAGAUGUCAAGGGUGUAAUGAUCCUGCGCCGGCCAUUAGGUAUUAUCCUCAGGACCGCAGGACCCCUCUUCCCUACCUCCACCUCGUCCACCUCUUCUGCCGGACCUUCCACAACAACCCCAAACGCCGCCGAUACAGGUGGGAAAGACGCAUCUCAACCUUCCGAAACAAGUACAGGUGAAGAAGAGACGCACAGCACCAACGAUCAACUCGCGCUUAGCUAUGCUCGGCUCGGCCACAAUCUGGUCGAAAACGUCGCCGAGGAAGUCAAAGCCGUCGAUCAGGACGUGAGUCGUCGUCGCAACGGUCAAGUGGUCUUUCGUUCGUAGAGAGCUUGUGUUGACCAUCAGUUUUUCGUCGAAUUGAUCCUCGACCACAGGACAAUCUGAGAUUCUUACGCGUACGGACGCAGAAACAUGAAAUCAUGGUCACCCCGGGUCCGUCAGCUUCAUUCAUUCUGCCUCACCCUCAUCGCCGUCUCAAAGCUCGAGCUGACCAUACCUCACUUUUUUUUUCUUCAAUCUCCUACCACAGAUCCGGAAUUCAUCUUGGUGCGUACCUCUUCCUCAUUUCACGUUCCUCAGAUGUCGCUAACGCGUCAAGCUUUUCCCCAUUCUCUCGCAAUAGAUCGUCGUGCAAGACCCUAGUGCAUAG